UACCAACGCCAUAUUGAAACGGGUACUCCCGUCAUGUACAGGGUGUCUUGAGAAAUGAAUAUUUGUCUUCUCUUUACUGAAAAAUAAGAAUUUAUAUUCUGUUUCGUGUUAAAUGAAUUAUAACUACUUUAAUAGAUAUAGAUAUUCUUAAUAAAAAGAUCGAGCAGUGUUGGUUAUCAGUUAUAUAAAAAAUGGCAUCGUUCAAGAAAACGAAUAUUAAAGUAUUUUCAAAGACCUCUGCCGAGUUAACAGAAGAUAAUAUAUAUUGGAAGAAGUAUACGGCUCCUGUAUUGGUGAAAGAGUUUGGACCUAUCGAUUAUAUAGAUUUUUCACCAGUAGAACCACACUAUUUUGCUGUAACAUGUUCAGUAAGAGUACAAGUAUAUAAUCCCAUUACAAAGUUAGUCACAAAAAACCUCAGUAGAUUUAAAGAAGCAGCAUACGGUGGAUCAUUUCGUUCGGAUGGUAAACUACUGUGCGCUGGUGGAGAAGAAGCUGUUGUGAGAUUGUUUGACGUUAAUUCAAAAAGUCUACUUAGAUUAUUCUCAGGACAUAAAGCUGCAGUUCAUAGAACAUUCUUUACUGCUGAUGGCAUUCACAUUGCUUCUUUUUCUGAUGACAAGACUGUAGCUGUUUGGGAUAUACCAAGUGAAAAACAAAUAAUAUCAUUCAAUGAGCAUUCAGAUUAUAUUCGAGCUGGAGCUACUAGCCCUGUAUCUCCUGAUAUAUUUAUUUCGGGUGGAUAUGAUAAAACCAUUCAAAUGUAUGACACAAGGACAAAUAAACAUAUCUUUAGUGUAAAUCAUGAAGCACCGGUAGAAAGUUUACUAUAUCUGCCGUCUGGUGGUAUAUUUUUAUCAGCUGGAGGGACUGAAAUAAGAGUAUGGGAUGCUCUUGCAGGUGGUAGAUUGCUCGCAAAAAUGUCCCAACAUCACAAAACAAUAACUUGUUUAAAAAUGGCUUCAAAUGGUCGUAGAAUACUUUCUGGUUCAUUAGACAGACACGUAAAAAUAUAUGACGCUGGAACAUACAAGGUUGUUCAUACCCUGGAUUAUCCAAAUGCAGUGCUCAGUAUUGGAAUCAGUUCUAACGAUGAGACCAUAGUAGCUGGUAUGGUGGAUGGUCUGAUUUCUGUGAGAAGAAGAGAAGAUGACGCGAAGGAGGCAAAACCACGUAGAAAAAAAAUGUCUUACAGAUAUUCUGCAGAGAAUUCUCAUAUUCCUACUGUAGAUAGUGUGGUUCAGGAGGAAUCGAAGGAGAUAAUAGGCAAAUAUGAUGCCUGUCUUAGAAAGUUUGAAUACUCAAAGGCCUUAGACUGUGUUAUGCUUCCUUAUGUAGUAAAAAAAACACCACAUGUCACCGUUGCCCUUUUUCAAGAACUUAUAAGACGACAGGGUUUGAAACAAGCUUUGGCUGGUAGAGAAUCAAAAUUCUUAGUUGCCAUUUUGAAGUUCCUAAUUAGGUAUAUUGGAAGUAUCAGAUUUGGCCAUGUAAUAAUGCAUGUUACAAAUGUUUUCGUGGACGUAUACGGAGAUUAUCUUGAAGAAUUAAAUCCAGAGAUACGUAAGCUGAUUGAUAUACUGUUAAAAAAACUGUACGAAGAGUUAGAAUUAACAAUGUCAUUGUUGGAACUGCAAGGAAGUCUACAAAUGCUAUUGUCCGCUGCUGAAACAACCUCCGUAUCGCAUACUCAGGAUAUUCCAGCAUUAGGACCGUCUCUGGCCGCACAGACAAAUGUUAUUUUCAGUAUAAGUUAA